CUAGAUGUUCUUUCGACACUAAUUUAAAUCCAUCAGCAAUGGAUAGGCUGUUUCAGUUGCUUUUUUUCUCCGGAUUCUGUUCAUUUACUGGUGGCAUCUCACGUGAGUACGUUUUAAUUCAGGAACAGAAGACUUGGAAACAGGCACAAGCUUACUGCAGAGAGAAUCAUAUUGACCUGGCUACUGUUCAAAGUGAUGAAGACUGGGCGAAUCUACGAGAAGCAGUUCAAGUGACUAAGAAGGCUUGGAUUGGACUGUUCAAUGACAUCAAUAGCUGGCGGUGGUCUUAUCAAAAUAAGGAAAUUACAUUUAGCUCAUGGAGCUCUGGAGAACCAAACAACUAUGGUGGAUAUGAGGCAUGUGGUCUGAUGCAGGGUAGAACAUGGAAUGAUUAUAAUUGCAAUAGUCUUUAUCCAUUUAUUUGCUUCGAAGAAAAUGGAACAAACAAGUUUGUUUUCAUCAAUAAUUCCAAGAACUGGCUGGAGGCUCAGCACUACUGCAGACAGUACUACACAGACCUGGUCAUCAUCCAGAAUCAAACAGAGCUUAACGAGAUGACUGUGAUAAUGAAACCAUAUACAAGUGCUUGGAUUGGUGCGUUCAGAGAUGUGUGGAAAUGGUCAGAUGCAACGAAUGUCUCCACUUCUUCCUUUACUAGGCUGCCUUUGCAAUCUGGGCUUAGUAGUCCUUGUGGUGUUUCAGAUUCUGUUGGUAUAAUCAAUUAUCAGGACUGCACAACCGUCCUUCCUUUCCUUUGCAUGCACCACAAAACAGAAACUGAAGGAAUGGGGGAUGGAAAAGGAAACAAACGUGACAUGGAGAGUUCAGCCAAAUGGAUAUGUGUUUUCAAGACUCACACAUUUUUAAGUUUCAGCAGGCAGCAGUGGUGGUCCGGCUCACUUUGACUCCAGCUGUGCGCUCAGAAGUAUCAGCAUUGUUGCAGUAAAAAAGACGUUGCAGUAGUAAUUCUGUGCUGGUUGUCAAGUUUAGCAGUACAUGUAAAAUGUGUUGAUGUGAUAUAUUGUACUCUUUCAACAAUCUUAAAACAGUUUAGU